AUGGGCGUGGCCUUUAGCUCGUUGUGGUCCUCGCUCUUCGGAUCCAAGGAGCUUAAGAUCUGCAUUCUGGGCCUCGAUAAUGCGGGCAAGACCACUCUCAUGUACAAGAUGACGCUCGGGUCGGUCGUCUCGACAGCACCCACGGUUGGGUCCAACACAGAGCAAUUCGAAUACAAGAACCUCAAGUUCGCCCUCUGGGACGUCGGGGGUCAAACUUCCCUCCGCUCCAGCUGGACAUCCUACCUCGCCUCCACAGACGCAGUCAUCUUCGUACUCGACAGCAACGACCGAGAGCGCGUCAACUUGGCCAGAGAAGAGCUCCACCGCAUCGCCCAAGACGAACAGGUGACUAAAACACCGAUCCUCGUCUGGGCCAACAAGCAGGAUAUCAAGGGCGCCAUGAGCCCCGCCGAGAUCUCGGAGAGUUUGGCGCUCACCGCGUUCAGGGAGAGGACAUGGCAGAUCUUCGGGUGUUCUGCACUGACGGGCAAGGGGCUGACGGAGGGGCUGGAUUGGUUGGCGCAUACGUUGGGGGCCAAGGGGUGA